CAAAGCAGUACAAAUCAUCGUCAGACAUGGCAUCCACCGAUGUUCAGCAGCCAGUGUCACUUGAGCCUUCUGAUCACUCUGCUUUGGAUGGAAUCCUGAGGCAUCAUCUCACAUUAGAAGCUCCUCCAAGAACUGGUGAUAGUGAUCAACAGGCCGACAGUCAAACUAAUCUGAAGACGAGCCAAAACAAAGUGAUCCUUCAAACACAAUCAUCAACAUCGUCAGGGCACAAAGCAACACGUCAGUUCUCCAGACCCACUGUUCAUCAGAACACACUGGAGUCAGAUAACAAGCGACGACCAAUUGUGCUCAAAAGAAACUCGUCUCGCUACCGACCCCCCUCUCCUGAACCCCCUGACCCCAACUCUGAGGCAAAGUCUGUGACCAUUAGACGCAUGCAGAGUAACUUACUCGAGUGGGAUAAGAAACUGGACGACAUAAAUGCCAAAAAACUAAAGGAUGAGGCGAUUCAGCAAGCUGAGAUGAGGGAGAGGGAUGAUCAGAUCAAAGAGCUAACGGAGAAGCUGGCCAAUGAAACUGAGGGUAGGAAAACUGCUGAGGAACAUAGGGAUGACCUUGAACAACGACUGGCAAGUACCGAGGAUGAGUUAGGAAACACUAAAGAUCAGUGCGACCAGCUCCAGAGCGACCUAACCCAAUACGAAGCAGCCUAUGAGGAGAUAAGUGCACAGAGGAUGGAGCUAGAGGAACAGCUGUCGGGGAAUAGCCAGCUGCUACAGCAGAGUGAGUCUAUGAGGAGGCGACUGGAUGACACUGUCAUUGAGCUACAAGGACAGCUGGCUAUAGAGGAGCAACGUUCCAAGUUCUGCUCUAUCAUGUGACAAUGUUUUUAGUAUUAUAAUUAUUGUCUGUCAGGUUUCCCGUUCACUUUUCUGCUCUGUAAUUAUAUGACAUGGAUAUAUGGAUCAAAAAUUUAUAACCCUUUGUGUAUACAUUAUACGUAUUAUUAUUUUACAUACCAUAA